AUGAUUGAGGAGAUUUUUAGUGAAUUUGAGGCAGCGGUUGUUGUGAAGCUCCCUAUCAGUCCUUGCAGAAGCUUAGACCAGUUGACUUGGCACUGCACAACCAAUGGCAAGUUUUCAAUAAGGUUUGCUUACCAUUUUCAAGGUGCUAUCUCUACAGGUUACUCAGGUCAAUCAUCAAGUCCAGCUCCCUCCUCUGCUUUAUGGGCAAAUAUUUGGAAGCUUAAAAUUCUUCACUUAGUGAGGACCCUUUUGUGGAGAGCAGCCAAAGACAUACUUCCCACCAAGGUCAACUUAUUCAAAAGAAAAGUACUGCAAGCCUCGAAAUGUCCUAUCUGUCUUACUCACCCAGAAACAGUCACACAUGCCCUUUGGUCGUGUAAGGCUGCUCAAGCCAUUUGGAGUGAGUGCUUGAGAAAGGUCCAAAAGUGUUCAGUUAUGGAGGGACCAUUCAACGAGGUCUUAAGUCAUAUAUUCUCAACCUUGUCAGGAGGAGAACUUAAUGAGGUAGCUUAUGCAAUCAAACAUAUAUGGCAGAGAAGGAACAAGUGGGCCUUUGAGUCCCAAUUUGCCUCUCCACAACAAGUUAUCAAGUCAGUAGCCUCUAACAUGUCAGAUCUACACAUGUAUGAGGAGAACCUACAGAAGCAGAAAAAGAAAUCUGCAGAUGACAUGAUAGUAUAG